AUGGCGAUCGCCACCGGCAAGAUAUCCGUGGCCUUCCCUAUCUUACGGAUACUUGGAGUCGUCAGCAUCUGGAAACGACGAUUUCUCCAUUUCAUUAUCUACAGCGUCUUCCUGUUAUUUUACCGUAGUCGAUCUACUCCUAGCGCUUCUACCUCUUAUCAUCAUCAAGGACCUCCAAAGGGAAAGGAAAAGAAAGAUGGUAUUGAGUACCGUUCUGGGCUUGGGGGUAUUCCGCUAUUAUCCGGCGCCGGGUUGACAAGGCGCACAAAAGGGUAUCGACGAUCUGGGUCCACCGAGGACCGUAUCGAACUUGGUAAUUUGUCAAGGGUUUACGCUGUAAAGCGCAAUGGAAAUGCAGGGUUCCAAAGACAUACUCAGCCAACGAACCAGGGCUCUAUUCAGAGGACUAUUGACGUGGAUGUUCGUCUGGCCCAGGUGUAG